UGUUCGCCACCACUGCUCCAUUCCGCUGGUCACACUUUUUCCAAUGGAACACGUGCGCGCGCGAAAGAGAUUUGGUAGUUUUAGUAGUAGAAACAUACAGACAGGAUGCAGAACUCCUUUCUUCCACUGAACACAAGGCGUUUUCAACAGCGGUCCCAGGUGGAAACGCCGGAUACGGUGUACUGGGACCGACUGGCGGAACCAGAAAUACUCAAGGAGCACAACACCAUCGAUUAUUUGGACUUCAGUCCAACCGAUCCUGACAACUUUGUUGUGACCUGUUCGGUGCGCGUUCAGAUCUACAACCUGGUGACCAUGCUUGUGGUAAAUAACCUUUCCCGAUUCCAAAAGACCGCAUACGGAGCCAACUUCCGGCAGGAUGGUCGACUCCUGGCCGCCGGCGACGAGGAAGGCCAUGUCAAGCUAUUCGACACCACGAGUCGCAACAUCUUGCGUUUGUUCAAGGGACACACGGCACCAGUACACCGCACCUUCUUUACGGCGGACAAGCUGCAGCUAGCCAGUUUUGGAGACGACAAGUCGGUCCGUCUCUGGGACGUGGCGAACGAGAAGGUGGUGCAAACGUACGAGGACACGCACACCGACUACGUUCGUGCUGGCGCCAUGCAUCCGCAGGCAGGGCAUAUGUUCGUCUCCGGCGGCUACGAUGGCAAGAUCAAUCUGUACGAUACGAGAGCGGAAACGGCGGUGCAGCGCACCUUGGAUCACGGAGCUCCUGUGGAGUCCAUGUUGUUCCUUCCGAACGGUUCUAUAUUCGUCAGCGCCGGCGGCAGCCAGGUGCGCGUAUGGGAUCUAAUCAGCGGCUGCCGUCUGCUCACCAUGAUGUCGCAGCAUCACAAAACAGUAACUUGUCUGCGACUGGGAUCCGAUGGCAGGAGAUUGCUCUCAGGCGGGCUCGAUAGGCACGUGAAAAUCUACGAUGUGAGCACCUACAAAACAGUGAAAACGUUGACCUAUCCCAAUGCAGUGGUCAGCUUGGCCGUCGCUAACGGGGAUCAGGCAGUUGUGGCUGGGAUGGUCGAUGGCCUAGUCUCCAUUCGUCGCAUGAUGGUAGACAGCAAGCCCAGUCAUUUAAAAAAGAUUCGUGCGGAUAGCGCUCGAAAGUACUUCACGAGUAAAAAACGCACGAACAACACCCAAGAGGUUGAUCACACGAUCAAGGACCGCGUCAAGGGACCCGGAUUGAAAUACUACGAUGUGCACUUGCGCAUGUUUAACCACAAGAAGGCUUUGGACGACGUGAUGAAUGCGCAGAAGAUGGGAAACCAGCCGGAGCUCGUUGUGGCUGUCAUCACGGACCUUCUGCACCGUGGAUCACUGGGAAAAGCCCUCACGGGUCGUCAAGAGGCAGUGUAUGUCCGUUUCAUCGACUUCAUUUGCAACCACUUGGGCGAGACGCGAUUCAUGCGCCCGCUGAUGAUGGCCGCCAGGACGGUCAUGGAUGUCUUCGAGGAGCAAUUGGUGGCCUACAGCCAGAAGCUGAUGAAAGCCUUGCAACGAUUGUCACUUGCAAUGCAGGAGGAGGUGAGGCUCACCGCCGAGCUGAUGCGGAUGAAGGGUGCUGUGGAUAUGCUCAUUGGGAUUUCAAUGGACAAUAGCGAGGUAGUCCAUAAGCCCACCUAUGUGGAGGCAAAGACACCUAUGAUGCAUCCCUCCGAGGCGGCGCAAAAUUACGUGGUCUUAGUGGAGUGACCAUAGCUUUAAUCUUAAGUGAAAUGUCGUAUAUAUAUAUGUUUAUAGUUUAAGAAAUACACAAUUAGCAAGACAGCCCAAAAA